AUGAUGUAUCACAACAGGAGCAUUUGUCACCCAGCCACAUUUUUCCUCAUUGGAAUCCCAGGUCUGGAAGGGGUCCAUGCCUGGAUCUCCCUGCCUUUCUGUUCUGUUUAUCUUGUGCCUUUACUGGGCAAUGCCAUAAUUCUGCUAGUCAUCAAGAUGGAGCAGACUCUCCGGGAGCCCAUGUUCUACCUUCUAGCCAUCCUUUCUACAAUUGAUUUGGCCCUUUCUACAACCUCUGUGCCCCGCAUGCUGGGUAUCUUCUGGUUUGGUGCUCAUGAGAUUAACUUUGGAGCUUGUGUGGCCCAGAUGUUUUUGAUCCAUACAUUUACUGGCAUGGAGGCUGAGGUCUUACUGGCCAUGGCCUUUGACCGUUAUGUGGCAAUCUGUGAUCCACUCCACUACGUGACCAUCUUAACAUCCCGGGUACUGCUCGGCAUCAGCAUGUGCAUUGUAGUUCGUCCAAUCCUGCUCACGCUUCCUAUGAUCUAUCUCAUCUACCGCUUACCCUUUUGUCAGGUUCGUAUAAUAGCUCAUUCCUACUGUGAGCACAUGGGCAUUGCAAAAUUGUCCCGUGGAAACAUCCGUAUCAAUGCUAUCUAUGGGCUUUUUGUCAUUUCCUUUUUUGUCCUGAACCUAGUCCUUAUUGGCAUCUCCUACAUUUACAUUCUCCGUGCUGUCUUCCGCCUCCCAUCACAGGAUGCACGGCUAAAAGCACUAAGCACAUGUGGUUCUCAUGUUGGGGUCAUCUGUGUUUUUUAUAUUCCCUCAGUCUUCUCUUUCCUUGCUCACCGAUUUGGACACAACAUACCCCGCUAUAUUCACAUUCUUGUUGCCAACCUGUAUUUGGUUAUCCCACCCUUGCUCAACCCCAUCAUUUAUGGUGUAAGGACCAAACAAAUACGAGAGCGAGUGUGCCAUGUCUUUACUAAUAAAUAA